UGCGUCAAGGAAAACAGUGGUGUGAAAUCAAAAGCCAACUUCCGACAGACAAUAAAGCACGAAGAAAGCCAUGGGCACAAAUUACGAGAGAUCCCUAAUGCUAAUUCUAUUGGCAAAUAUCACCGUUUUUGGCCUGCAAAAUGAACUGCCAUCAAGGGAUAUACAAGGCCGAAUUAUAUCGGGAAGUCAAGCAAAAAUUGGACAAUUUCCAUGGCAAGUCAUUCUGAAGCGAGACGAAUGGGAUGAUCUACUGUGUGGGGCAUCGAUAAUAUCCGAGAACUGGGUUCUAACGGCCGCACAUUGUGCAUCUGGCCAUGACUCCCUCUUCCUGAUGUUCGGUAGCGUUCAGCUGAACAACGAAGGCGCCCAGAACAUGACCUCUACGAACAUCUUCGUCCAUCCGAACUACAACGAGAAUUUGAACAACGAUGUGGCGCUGAUCCUGCUGCCAGAGCCACUGCAAUUCUCGAGCAAUGUUCAGGCCAUACAACUGGUGGCGGAGUCGCAGGAGUCCAACUCGUUUGUGGGCACCACAGCCACCGUGGCCGGAUUCGGACUGAUGGACGACGAGUAUCUGGACUACUCGCCAACGCUCUUGUUCGCCCAAGUGGAGGUCAUCGACAACAAGGAGUGCCUGCCCAUCUUCGGCACCGCCGUCGUCCUCUACUCGACCAUGUGUGCCAGAGGCCUGGGCGGCAGCAACAUGUCCAUCUGCAGCGGCGACUCCGGCGGACCCCUGAUUGCGUACAACAGCAGCAGCGGACAGUGGCAGCAGAUCGGCAUCAACUCGUUCGUCGCCGAGGAUCAAUGCACCGCCAGUUACCCAUCUGGCUACGUCCGUCUCACCUCUUUUCUUACGUUUAUUGCCGAGACAACAAAUGGCGCGGUUGCAAGUUGAAAUCGAAAAUCUGAAAUCCGAAGCGACUUUAGCCAAAAGUAAAAAUAAAGCAUGGACAUAAUCAA